GAAACAGCAAAGCAGCAAAGCUGUACGGGCCGACGGCAACGGCAGUGUUCCAAGGAAACAAUGUUGAAGCGGCCGAAGUCGUGGUCGUUGCAGCAUUGACCUGAUAGAAAUGUUCAAAUAUUUUAUUUUGGGUAUGUAUUUUGAAGAAUUUUGUUCAGGAAAACGAAUGGAGUAAAUAAGCAAUUCGCUUGACGUCAGUCUGCUCCGUGCAGCCUGACCAAGGGGCGACAGAUCAACACUGUUCAGCGAGAAAACUAUGAGUACAACCAUGCACCCCAGCCAUGGAUCCAACCAGAAUGUACAAAAUUACAAUCCAAACCAUCCUAUGCACAACAGAAAUAGAAACUUUAAGCUCCUUAGCGAUCCAUUUAUAAACAAGGGUGGUAACAAAUUGUACCGUUAUGAUGGUGUGCCUAAUGAUGCUACCCAACCUCUUGUUAUUUGUCGGGAUCCCCGCUCAACACUUACCAGGAUAUGGGCACGUCUGGAUCAACUAGACAUUCCUGUACCGAGGUUUAAGAUUGAUGCUAAUUAUGUUGGAGACCCUCCUCCAGUGGAAAUUACAAUAUCCAAUCUAAAUGACAAUAUUGACAAGACAUUUCUUGGAGAUAUGGUUUCAAAAUUUGGUGCAUUUGAGGAGCUGACCAUAUUCUACCACCCUGUAACAAACAAACAUCUAGGAUUAGCACGGGUAGUAUUUGAACUUACCAAAUCUGCUCGUGCUUGUGUGGAUAAACUGAAUGAUACAUCAGUCAUGGGGAAGGUUUUACGCGUUUUUCUUGAUCCUUUUGGGAAUGAGUGCCGUACGACAUAUCAGACUCUUACUGAAGAAAAAAAGGAACCUCCAAAGGAGAUAGAGAAAGAGAAAACUAAAGAAGAUGACAAAGAUGAUAAAAAGUUAAUUAAAAAGCCUCCCAAAGUACCCCCUGAGCAUGAACCCGAACCUACUGCCAACCAUAAGGCUGAGUUACACAGAUAUGAUAGUACUCAUCCAAGGUUGCAUACUGAUUAUACGACUCCCGCAAGUGAUCUUGGUUACAGAACUGGCUCAAGUGAAAAUAAUUCAUAUAUUGGUGCAUCAUCGGACAGAACAUAUAGUCAAUAUUCCCAUUCAACUCCAGGGUCUACUUCUAAUCAUUCAUCACAACAAUAUCCACCAUACGAUUACCACAACCAUGGCAAUCAUGCUCACUAUCAAAUUAAUUACCAUUCUCAACCACCACCUGGUUACCCGCCAGGCCUUCCGCCUACUGCAAGCCAAUGGACUCAGCACUGGCCCCCAGCGCCAAAUGCAAGAGCUGUCAACUCUGCAUCUAUGCCUCUAACAAAUGAUGUUCACCAGUGGUCAGGAUAUCCUCCUGUUCCUGAUACAAGAAAUGCUCUGCCUGCCAAGUCAAAAAGAAAAGAAAAGUCACGACGGAAAGGUGCUGAUGCUAGUCCCGAUGACAGUAAGUUGGAUCUCGAUACACGGAUAGAAAUGUUACUGAAAGGUGGCAAAGUAGGUGUUGCACCUGCCUUCCUUCAGUUGGGAGUAAGCUCAGAUGAAGAAGAGGAGCAACAUCGGAAUAAAGUUGUGUCUCGGCGUUCAUCAAGCUCUUCAAGACACCGUAGACAUAACAAACACAAAAGUCAUGGAGUGUGUAGUGGGGAGUCUGAUGUGGAAACAAGAGAUGCUGAAAGAUUAAAUGAUGAUAUCACAGAUCUUCCUUCAGAAAAAGAACCACUCUCAACCCCCCCAUCACCUUAUUUGUCAGAAGAAAUUUACCUGCAGUGUCAUCAGGAUUAUAUUGAGGAGCUUCAUAGAAUUAGAGAAGAAAGAAUAAAUCACAAAGCUUCUAAAAGCAAAAAUUACAAAAACUCAGAAGUUAAGAAAUCAUCAGAGGAACUUCAUAGUGAGAUAAGUAGUAGUGAAGAUGAGAUUUUAACCCGUGGUACAUGUAAUAAUGAUGAGAAUAGUCAGCAGUCCAGAAUCCAAUCAUCCUCAGAUGAACUUAGUCGAUUAGAAGUUAUACCUUCCCUGACUUUCAAUAAAGUCUCUGAAGAUAGUCAAAAGUCUACUCCAUUGAAAGAUGAGCAAAAUAGUCAGGAUGAUGACAGAAUGUCAUUGUCGAGUUUAAGUUCCGGAGAUGGCAAAAUUAAUACAGGUGACACUCCUGUGUUUACACCUCAUGUUCCUCCUCCUUCUAUCCCUACUCAUAUACCUCCUCCAACUCAUUUACCCCCACCUCAUUUAACAUAUCCACCCCCAGGCUAUGCUUAUGGACAGCAAGUUCCUUACUAUCCCGGACAACCACCACCACCGAAUCUUCCUCCAACUAAUAUUCCUCCUCCCUACACUGGCCCAUACCCAGCCUAUCCUCCACCACCAUCCGGCCAAGAAGCGUCAUAUUACAACAUGAGCUAUCAGAACUACCAAACUAGUGAAAACCAUUUUUCAACCCAUCCAAAUGCAUACUUACCAGGAUCUCACUCUGCAGCAUAUGCUUAUCCUGCAUACCCCGGGCAGCCAGGAGUACCUGGUCAAGAAGAAGCUCAAGGGCACAUAAUUCAGGGUGUAAUAGAUAAAGUAAUCGCUGAAUUGAAGGCCAUUUUAAAGCGAGAUGUCAACAAGAAAAUGAUAGAGAACACUGCGUUUAAAUCCUUUGAAACCUGGUGGGAUCAAGAAGAAAACAAAGCCAAGGCGCCAUCAGCUGAGGUUCCAGUUGAACCAGGAAGUGCAGAAAAGGUCUCUAAACCUGCUCCUAGCCGUGAACCUUUGGAAACAGGAGGCUUAACUGGUUUUGGAUUGGGCUUUAGGGCAGCCAUUCCUAAGAUGCCAUCAUUUAGACGGAAACGUAAAUUACCUUCACCUACUCUUGAUGAAGAUGGUUCAUCUAGACCUGGUGCUCUGAGUGAUCAAGAGGAAAUGGUCAGGCAAUCUGACUCUGAGGCAGAAACUUCUGGUACAAAACACCGACGUGAGCGGCGACGUCGGCGAAUUAUAUCUGAUAAUGAUGAAUCUUCCACUGUCAAACGAUCAUCAUCGUCAUCAUCAUCAUCUUCUUCCUCUUCUUCCUCAUCAUCAUCUUCAUCCUCAUCCUCAUCAUCAGCUUCUAGUAGUCGAUCAGCAAGUCCUAGUCUCAAAUCUAUUUCUAGUGCUAGUAAUCUUAGUUUGCCAUCAUCAGGCAGUGGCUCUGAGAGUGGUGAUGAUGAAGAAGCACACAGUGCCACAACUGCUUCUGCAAAGGAGCGUCUUGCUGAGAAAUUAGCUCUUUUGGAUCUGGAAGAACUUGAACUUCUUAGGACUUUCAGAGAAAGAACACCAGUGGGCAGUUGCACGCCUCUCCCUGAUGAUACUGAGAGUUCCGAUGGAGAGAUACUAUAUAGCAAAUUUGGCUCAUUUGACACUUCUCUCCAUGAUGAAUCAACUGAUGAUGCCUCUGAAACUGAAGAAGCUAUGGCCUCCUUAGCUAACAACAAAACACCAACUCAACCAGGUUCUUCACUGACAGCAUCUCAUGCUAGUGCAACUAAGAGUGCAGCAAGUAUAGAUUCAAGUGCUACUUUGACCGCCUCUCCCAGCUUCGGUUCUCCAGCAUCCCAAGACAGGUCUCCUCAGCAUCUUGCAGAUGUCAGCAAGUCUGAUUCCUUUGCAAUUGAAGCACUUAUGGCCCUUGCUGGGGCAAACCAAAAGAGCACUUUAAAAACAGGCCCAGAGAUUGUGUCUGGCAUUCGUAAGCUAGAGAAGUCAAGUGAUGAUGACAAGAGAUUUGCUUCUUCGGUCAAUGGUUUGACAUCAUCCAUACCUAAAAGUAUUGCAAGAAACAAAAAGGGCCAGAUGCCACUGGACGAAGUUGUUAACAAGUGGGAAAGUGCACAUGAUGAUAACAAAAGAUAUGCUUCAGAUAAUUAUGAAAGAGACCACGAUCAAUAUGGUAAUCUCUCGCCGGCUCAUCAAACCCUAAUUACUCUUGAACAUUCAUAUUCUUUACCACCUGAAAGAGACCCUGCCAGUCCCCCUCCACAUACUGACCCUCAUUCUCGCAAGCUUUUCAAUCAUGAUCAUGGAUAUACUGCACGAAGCACAGCACCAAACAAACCUCUUGCACCAUUGGUGGAUGAUAACUAUUACAAGGAGCCCAAGAAAACUUCACCAAAGAAGCCUCAAAGAAGAGCUGAGAUUGACAAACUUUUGCAAGCUAACAAUUUGUUUAGGGCUCCUGUUGUUGUCAAAGAAAAGCCAGUGGUAUUCUCUGAGCGCUCAACAAUGCAGGAAAUGCAGGUCCUGUAUGAAUUCUUGACACGGGGUGUCGAUCCAGAAGAUAUAAAUUAUCUGAAGAGGAGUUAUGAUACAAUGCUUGCCAGUGACGCUGCUGGAUACUGGCUCAAUGAUACACAUUGGGUCGAUCAUUGUCAUACUGACCUGUCAUCCUCGCCUCCCAAGAAACGAAAACGAGAUGAGCUUCGAUUACAUGCUACAGGCAGUGCAAGAACUGAAGGUUAUUACAAACUAGAUGUAAAGGAUAAGAUGAAGUACAAGUAUCAUUUUGCACAGUCAGUGCAAACAACUACGGUGGCUGUUGAAGACCCCUCCAAGAAUAUUACUGGUAAAAUGCAAUCAUUAUCUAGAGAGGCAAGAAAUAAUCAGCGAAGAUUACUCACCGCGUUUGGUCAGGUCACUGAUAGUGACUUGCUGAAAUUCAACCAGUUGAAGUUCCGCAAGAAGCAGUUGAGAUUUGCAAAAUCUGGAAUUCACGACUGGGGCUUGUUUGCUAUGGAGCCAAUUGCUGCAGAUGAAAUGGUUAUUGAAUAUGUAGGACAAAUGGUUCGACCUGUAGUGGCAGAUAACAGAGAACGCCAGUAUGAGGCAACUGGUAUUGGAUCAUCAUAUUUGUUCCGUAUUGAUUUAGAGACAAUUAUUGAUGCCACAAAGUGUGGAAAUCUUGCUCGCUUUAUCAACCAUAGCUGUAAUCCCAACUGCUAUGCUAAAAUUAUUACAAUUGAAAGUCAGAAGAAGAUUGUCAUUUAUUCCAAACAACCUAUUGGUGUCAAUGAAGAAAUUACUUAUGAUUACAAGUUUCCUUUGGAAGAUGAGAAAAUUCCAUGUCUCUGUGGAGCCCCACAAUGUAGAGGAACACUUAAUUAGCAAAGGAAGCAAAUUUGUAUCCUCUUUUCCACCAAUGUCAUUCCUUGGUUAUCUUUUCUCAUUAAUUGGGGAUGAUUUCAUUUACCUUAGUUUUUUAAAUCUCUCAAACAUAGCUCGAAAUGUGCCUGCAACAGUUGCCUAUCUACAAAGUGUGUCGUCACUUCCCUUCUCUGCCUCUCACCUAUCAACCACAGAUGAGAGGAGGUGAAAAUUUACUUUGUAAAUAGACUGCUGUAGCAGAUAAAUCUUCCCCAUGCAAUGGGCUUGUUCUUUACUUUCUAUAUGCAGUGUAUGAUGUAACCUCUGCAGCUGUGAACUGUUAGUAUCUUGUUAGUGAAUGCUUUAACAUGGCAAGUUGUGUUUUGCUUGUUUAGGUUUGUGUGAAAUUAUUCUCCAAAUUUGCGUUGUAAUUUUGUGGUAGGAUACGGUAGGUAGUUUAUUGUGUCAGCAAGUCUGUGAUAUUUCCUAAAUAGUUGCAUCAAGAGUAGUGAUCAAAUGCAACAUUUUAAAUAAUCUUAGUGAAGUGUAUGUCAGCUUACCCAAUUUCCUUAGAAGUUUUCCCUGGUAAUGUGUGUUGUGUAAAAUAUUUUGUUGUCCUUUUCUUUUCUGUUUGUUUUUGUUUUGAUGUAAUUAUAAAUCAAUCUUUCUGAUGACUUUUACUUACUUUGACUCAGGAUGUUAUUCAGUUUACAAUUCAACUAGGUAUGUAUUGUUAUCAUUUAUUUUUGGCAUUACCGCAUAAAUCAAAUAAGUUGUGUGAGUCAUUCGCACCCUAUUUAUUAUUAUUAAAAUCCAUUGGUAACUUCAAUUCUGCUUGCCUGUAUACGUGAUCAUAUCAUAUAUGUAAACAAGUCAGCAUUUAGAUGUGAAUGGAAGUGUUCAAAUGCCCAAUCAUUUUAGUGAACAUGAUGGAUGUUUAGUGUGCCAUUGAAAAUUCCUGCUUACUAAUCAGUUACACUCAUAUGAAUGUGUGUGCCUUUAUUAGGCUAGCAUUUUAAAAAUGCAAUCAUUUGAAAAGAUUGACCUGUAUUUAACUAUGUUUUUGUCUGCUUUGUUAUCUGUUGAUGCCCUUUGCCCUGCAAGAUGCGUCCAGUUUUUGGCAAGGACAGUCAAAUUCUGUGAUAUUUCUGUGUGACUUUGUUGUUUAGUAAUGUAGAUUUCAUCAUUGACUUAGUACUUUUGUUAUGAACCUGCAGCAAAGUUGUCUACUCUUUGGAUCUCCAAUACUUGUUGUACUAGUAACCUUUUUCUCUUUUCAUCAUAUACUGUUGUUUGACAGUGUAAAUGUUCCCAGGGUUUUCAAAUGCCUUUUUUAUACUUGUUAUCAGUUGAUAAAUAUGCCCUCACUAUUUAAAUCUAUUGUUAUCAAAAAUAUUUCAUGAACACUUUUUUAGAAGUAUGAAGCAUUCUAAUGUUCAUGUAAAUUCUGUUUAGUUAAACUUAUUGGAACUCUCAGUAAUUAUCUCAAAUUAUUAAAAAAAAAAGAUAUUUUAAUAAUCGACAAGUGACUUCAGUAUAUGCCUUGCACUGGUGAUAUAUGUACUCUCUUUUGUCAUAAGCUUUUCAUUGUAUUGUUUAUCGAGUUUACACCAUUAGCUUCCAUAACGCAGUAUUAAAUUAAGUUGUGCUACACAAAGACUGGACUGCCAACAAAAUCACAAUUUCUUCAAUCCAUGGAUAGUUCUACACAGAUGUUUUGAGAUCAUUGUUCUUCCACUAGGACUAAUUGCUCAGGGUCAAGUUUUGUUUUAAUAGAUAACAAAAUGUGGAUUAAGUCAUCUCUUUUGGAGUUUCUCAUGCAUUGUGCAAAGGAGCUCAUGAAUGACAAACAUCAUUAGAGACUUGUAAUACCUUAUAAUAUCCUUCAUUUAAUCUGUUAUUGUCUUAGUUCUCUUACCCUUGCUGAGAUUUAGAGAAGCGUUUAUGAAAUUUUUAGUAUUUACAAUGCGAUUAAAGCGUGGAGGAUAUUGUUAUGAAUUAAUUUAUUGUUUAAAGAACGUAAGUCUGCUACUUUGAGUCUGGUGUAAUUGAUUGAGAACAGCUUCAUGAACUGUUUUCUUUCAUAAUAAUUUGUAUGAAUUAUUGUACAGUAAAUUUAAAUUAGUUUUUCAAUUAAAUACCUACUGUUUUUAUACUGUCAUCUACCAAUCUAAGUCUGUACAUUUCAGCAUGAGUUGUGUAUAUAUAUAUUUUUUGUUCUCCCUUCAUAAGGGAAAAUGAAAAUUAAAAUGGAAAUAUGAGACAAUUUUUUUCUCAA